UUUAGAUUUGCGUGUCUCAAAAAUUUGACUUACAAACUAGAUUAUGAAACAAUCGCUGUGUGGCUGGGUGGUGUGAUAGGCGAUUGUCAAUCCAUGGCUACUGGUGACUCAAUGGAGGAGGUUGAAGAGGGCUCAUGGGAGAUGGAAUUUCAUGAAGAGGGUUUUCCUAAGAACCGGAUUCAAGAAGGGAUGCCCUCUUUGGUGGGGGAGGAAGUCUCCUGGUCAAGAGAUGUGAAAUGGUUGAGGAUGUUGAUGACAAUGAGGUCUAUAAGACGAUCCUCCAAGAUGUUGUAAGAGUGCAGCAGACAGUAGAGGCGGUGAAACGCUCUUGGGCUUCGAUAGUAGAGAAAGAUGAUGGUCUUCCAGACCCAGAAAUUCUUGAGCUACCAAUUCGAGAGGUGGAUGGUCGCAAGCGUCUCUUCAUUCUAAGGAAGGCGUACAAGAAGAUGUUGAGGCCGUUUGCAUUUUCUGCUAUUGCUACUCUCAUGGGUGAGAUUGGGAGAGGUGGGAGAUCGUUGGUUGCCAAUCGGUGGAAACCUGGACAAGCUAUGAAGCUUGAUGCUAAAAGCAAGGUUGUGGAUUCGUCUUCCCCUAAAUUUCCUGCAAAAUUAUGGAAUGUUAGGAUGUUUAAUGAUAUAGCUUCUUUGAUCGGUGCAUCUUUUGUGGGCGUUGAUGCUUAUACAAGAGGAUUUAAGCCGUUUUGGUUAUGCUCAGAUGCUUGUUGAAAUCCCUCUAGGGUUCUCGCCUCCUUCACAGGUGGAAAUGGAGGUUGAUGGCGGGAAGGUUCUUUGUCAAAUACUUGAGUAUGAGACACAAGUAAAAUUUUGUGGCCUAUGUGGGUCAACUAGCCACCUUCCUUCUAAUUGUAAUGCUCAGAAGGAUAAGGAGACCGAUCUAGCGACGUUAAAAGAUGACUGAUAACAAGUUAAGAUUUCAAGAAGGUGGCCAAGGAAUGACUCAAGUGAAAAAGGAACCUUUGGUUCAGAUAAGAGUAGAUUCUGAAUGCUUAAUAAAGAGGACAAGGAGGAAGAGGUGCGGCCCUCGGAAGCUGAUCAAGUGAUCAGGACCCCCAUUUUUAAAUCCCAGGGGUUGAGGCAGAAAGAGAAGGUUCAGAAAUAGAAACUUUAGCCUAAUUGAACACCAUCUUAUGAACUCAGUUGCGGAGGUACUGGGAUCAUCGUAUCUUGUGCAUAUUAAGAGAUUGGUGAACAUGAGCCUUCUUGAGACUAUCAACAGAUUUCGGUGGUCUGAGACAGAUCAGCUGGUUCUUCAGGGUAAGUCAACUCAGCCAAUAAAUAGAAGGAAUCUAUGGGAGCAGGUUUAUAGUAAAACUCCCCUUGACAUGCUCAACAAGCUAUCUAGAUAAAGAUGGGUCUUCCGAUGGUCAUCUUGAUCCUAUAUGUGGGGUGUAUUGGUAGGCUUCUAACUGAAAGCCGUCUCAAAAAAUUAGGCUUCUCGUUGGGAUCACGUUGUUACCUAUGUAACAGAGCAGAAGAGCAAAAUUACCACCUAUUUUUUGGCUGUCCAGUGUCCAAAGAAUUUUGGAGAUUUUUUAUCUUUAAGUUUCAGGCGAAUUAGCUUCAUAGGUUGUUAAAUCUAAUCUCGUGAGGUGGAGGAGGAAGAAAAUGGGUACAGGCGCGUUACAAAAUUGUUGGAACCAUGUCUUUCAUUUUCUGUUUUGGUACAUCUGGAAGACAGAACCAUUGUAGAUAUGAUGGCUUUAAGGUGGGAACAAAUUAUUCAAAGAUUAUAUGGAAGGAUUUUAAGGAGUUUAACGGCUCUAGGAAUUGGAAGGAGGAGGACAAGCAGAAGGUGGAGAAUUGGCUAGUGACUGACAUUAAAUGGGGGGAUUGGGUAUAGAAUGAGAGGGUGGCAUGGUGUAUCCAUAUUGCUGCUUGCUGUAAAAAUGAAAUGUUUGGUGUUGCAGGUAUGGUUGAAAGGCAACCUGGUCAGUGCUGGUUUGCUCUGGUUAGACGGGAGAGCAAACUGGGUUUCAUUUACAGGAUUGGGCUUUUGUGAAAUGUAUUGAGUCCAUCCACUUGGAAUGUCAGAUUUUUGUGCAAGUGAGUGAUGGGAGAUGGAAAGGUAAACUGCGUAAAGCUGCUUUGGGAGUUCAUCAGGUUCCAAAAAGCUUGAGGAGAUGGGCUGAUCAAUAUUCAGAUUUUCCUUGAAUUCUGUGGACCCUGCAGGCGAAGUCUGCAAUCUCUUGGUUAACCAAAGAGUUGCUCCUAAAUGUAAGUAUUGGAGAUUUGAGGAAUUCCAACGAUUGUCAGCACAAGUUAGUUGUGUUUGAUAAGCUUC